AUGUCUUCCGAAUCAUCAAGCCCAGCACUUGAAUAUCAUUUACCUCAUGUUGAUUUUGAACUUCUUUCAAAACAAGAUAAAACAUUCAAUUUAAUAUUCAGUGAUGAGAAUUUGGAGGUUCCCGUGCUAAAGAGUAUUGGUUUGCAGAAUUUCAAGAUUGUUAGACCAAACGCGAAUAGUUUGACUGUGGAGGGCCAAUUAAAGCUCUUCGAAAAACAAUGGAAUGGAAAAGUUGAAUAUUUGAAGAAUGGCAAUGCUGUCUCGUUUACCUUUAGUGCAACUGUUUUGGGAGAUAUGCAGUUGAAAGAUCUAUUCCCUGGAUUGUCAGAGCAUUGGAAUGUUCCUUUGAGAAAGGUUUCUAUCGGCCUUACUCUUGGAAAGACUAAGAAAUCUGAAAAUACUAAGGAAGGUGAAGAGAUUGAGCUUCCUAAUGGAAGAUUGACCAUUAGUGCAAGCUUUGGUAUCCCUUCAAGUAUUCUUCAUUGUAUUGGAAAGAACUCAAAUGAUGAAAUCAACCUUUCAGGCUACUUUAUUUGCGAAGGAAUUGAUAUUGACUUGAAAAAGAUAGUAGAUUUGCAAUUGAAAGGUACAAUCUCAAACAUUGAAAGUGGUAUUCUCCACAGUAAUCUGAGCAAAAACUUUAAUGUACAAAAACUCAAAGCAAGAAUUAACUUUUCCAAGAACACAAUAGCUGAGAAGCAAGUUUGGACAGCAAAUUGGAAACUCGAAGCUCAUGUCACAUUGAAAUCAUCAGUUUUGGGAAAUCCAUUGCAAGCUAUUGUUACUGUUAAUCUUGACGAAAACAAUGACAAGUUCUUGGCAACCAUCAAAGUCAACGACUGGCUAGAACCUUUCAAUUUGAAAGAAUGUUCCUUUCAAAAUUUGGAAGGUGUUUGUUUGUUGACCAAAGAAGAAGCCAAGGUUAACCUAACUGGUACCUUAAAAGUUGGUGAAAGAGUCAUUGAAAUGGACGGCUUUGUCAAGAAUGAAGAAGUUUGGUUUUCUGGCUCAAUUACACAAUUUUCUUUGAAUGAUUUGGUUGAUUUGUAUAAUAGCAUGUUCAAGUGUAAAUUAUCACAAUCACAAACUGAUAUUAUUUUGAAGAAUUGCAAGUUGACUUUCCAUAAACAAAAGAACGGUCUACUUGACAGUAUUAGAGGAAAGAGUGAUCAAGAAAUUACAUUCCAAACUUCUUGUCUCAUUCCAGGGACAAUGAUUCCAGAGUUCAACAUUGAUUUAACAUUGAAUCAAAAUGGUAUUGUUGGUAAUUCAAGUUUUGUUAGUAUUGAACUUAAAAAUUGCAUAUUAAGGGAUGUAAGCAUAGACUUUGAUUUGCCUAAAAAUCAAACCAAGACAACUGACUAUAUUAAAUUGAAAGGAAAUGCAGAAAUGAUGUUUUUAAAUGGGAUUAAUGUUGAUUUUCAAGCAAGAAUUCAAUCUGAAAUGGCUCCUUCAUCUGACGAAAGAAACAAAGAUGCUAAUAAGAAGAAGAAUAAUAUUAUUGUGUAUGGAAAGAUGCAUGAAACAAACAUUUCAAAUUUGAUCCCAUCUCUUGCUAACACUUUUGUUAAGGAUUUAAUAAUUAACGAGUUGAUGGUCACUGUAGCAAAUAGUUCAGGUUCACUCGCAUUAUCAGAAGAAGAAACCUUAACGGUUAAGGAAGGUUUAACUAUUGUGGCAGGUGUUAACAAUACUGACAAGGCUAUCAAUUCCAUUAUUAAUAAUAUUUCUGUUGCAACAGAUAUGAAGGAUGGUCAAGUCAAACUUUCUGUUUGGGUGAAAGAUAAGGAAAAUUACUCAGUUGACUUUCAAAUUCCUUCCUUUGAUGUUGAAUUUGGUAAUUUUAUCAAACUUACAAAUCUUUGCUUCAAGAUACCAACAAAAUCCAAUGUUGGUUCUACUUCCAUAUCUGAAAUUGAAUUCACAGAUGCUCUUUUCAGUUUAUUUCUUUCUUCCUACAAGAUUGAAUGUUUUGCCACUGUAAAGAUUAAUAGUGAGUCAAUUAGUGGAAGAGCUUCUAAACCAAGUAUUAAGAACCUAUUCGGUUAUUCUAACCUUAGUAUGGAGGAUAUUUCUAUUGAUUUCUCGAAGAAGAGGGGUGGAAAGGAAUAUAAUGCAAAUUGGAGUGGUAAAUUGGUACUUCAUGAUUCAAAUUUCAAUUUCAAUGGAUCAAUUACUAAUGAGAAAGCAGAAGUUAAUGUUGAAAUGCCUCAGUUUGACAGCUGUAGCUUGUUAAAGUGCUACUUUGCCUUGUAUGGGGUUCAACUCAAGACAAUCAAGCCAAAUCUUGUCUUUUCAAAUACCAGUCUGAGUAUUGUGCAUGAAUUUCAAGAAAAGACAACCACUGUUACCAUUAAGAGCAAGUUGACUUUACCAAAUCUCAAUGUGAAAGAUAUUGAUCUCUCUUUAGAAAUAACCAAAGAUCAGGUCCAUGGCACAGUUGACCUCCAACCAAUUUCUCUUCCACUUGUGACUAUUAACAAUGUUAAACUCACAAUUGACCUUUACUCCUCUGAGAGCAAGAAGGAUAACAAGAUAUGUCUUCUCGGUCAAGCAGUUUUCAAACUUCCAGGAGACAUUCAUCUUGAACAAAUAGUUGCCAUUCGAUUAGAAGGAAAGAAUUACCUCGUCUAUACUGUUGCCAAGUCAGAUAAUUUCAAAAAACUUUCAGAUGCAUUCCCAGUCAUGAAAGGAAGCGCUCUCGAUGCAUUGGAAUUCAAGAAAUUCCAACUCUUGUAUUCUACUUACAGAACUUGUCAUCCUUUGGAAGAAAUCAAUGUUAAGAAGGGAAUUCAAAUUAUUGGAGACCUGGAAUUAUCAAUUGAUGCCUUGUUGAAGAGUUGUAAAGCUCCUGAUAUUCAAAUUCUCUUCCCUGGUUUUGAUUCCAAAGUUGCUAUUCCAAUUAGGUUGACAGCAUUUGGUGAAACAGUCAGUUCCAUGGAAUUGGGUGUUUCUCUUCCAAGUUUAAAGGUUGACUUGGGUGAGAAUAUUUCAUGUAAUCCACUUGAAUUAAUUUUACCUUUGAAUCCUAUGAGUGCUCAAGCAAGAGUUCAAUUUCAAAUAAUUAUCAAGAUGGAUCCAAAUCCAAUGACUUUGACAGCUUCUCUUGGUAUUGACAAGGGCCAGGUCACAGUUGCUGGAAGUAUGGAAGGGGAUUGGAUUGAACCAUUUGGUUUGAAGAAUGUUACUGUCAGUGAUGUAGCUCUUCAAAUGUGUUUCAUUCCUGGAGCUCUUCCUUCUGGAUUUGGAUGUACUGGUAAGCUCAAGAUUAGUGACAUUAUUGACACCCAAGCAGGCUUUUCCAUUUUGGAAUCAUUCAUGAACUUUAAACAUAACCGUUUGGCGUCUGGUGAUUUUUUCAAAUUGGCAUCUUUGGUAAUGAAUACCAAGUUUGACUGUUCAUCUGUUCCUGACUUUUGGAAAUUGGAAGAUAUUGACUUUUACACAGCUGCUCUUCCAGUAACUAUUGGUGUUUUCAAAUUUGAACCAGGAUUCCAUUUCAAAUCCUAUUUUGAAAUAUUUGGUAUUAAGGGUUAUGUAUCCACUUCAAUAGAUACUGAAAAUGGUUUCAAGAUGAGAGGUAUUUUACAAUCUCUUACACUGGGAGCUCUAAAGUUGGGAUCUGUUCCAUCUGAAUAUACUGAAUUAUAUCUCAAAGAUGAAGGUUCUCAAUAUUUCACUGCCGAAAAUGUUGGACCAAUGGUUGAUAUGUCAGUUGACAAGACCAAUGUCAAUUUCUAUCUGAACAGUAGUAUCGUAUUGUAUGAUAUUUCUUUGGAUGUUAUGAUUUCUGUACAACCUACCUUAUUAGACUUCAAUGUUGACUUUAACAUGUGGAAUAUGUUAAGUAUCAUGUUGAAAGUCAAAGCAACACUUCCAGAACACACAUUUUCUAUCAAUGAUUUGGAUGUUGAAAUGGAAGCCCUCUUUACGAAUGAAUGCUCUGAUUUAGUUAUCAAGUAUGUCAAUCAAGCUUUCGUGGAUGCUUUGAAAACUUUCGAAGAGGGUUUCGAAAAGGCAAAGAAGUCUUUGGAAGAAAAGAAAAAUCAAUCUCAACAGAGAGAUGUUGAAGAGGAAAAUAAGGCAUUAGAUAUUCUUCAAGAAUUGAUGAACAAGUUGAGUGAAGAGUCUAUUUCUCAUUUGAAAUCAGCUCAAUCACUAGCCAUUCAAGCAGAAAAGAGAUUUAAUACUGCUGUUCAUGAAUGUCAAGAUCAACUUCAUUCAGUGAUGAGAAUUCAAAAUCAAGGAGUGAACAAUAUGAUCUAUGAUUUAAUGAAUCUCUCAAAGGACAAUGAAGAUAUGAACUUGUUAGAAAGUCAAGUUGAAGCACUAGCUAAAGAAAGAAGCAGUGUUCUUGAACAACUCAUGAAUUUUAACAAACCAUUAGCUUCAGUGGUUGAUUCAUCCGAUGAUUCUGACGAUGAUUCUGACUCAGACUCUGACGAUUCUGAUUCAGACUCUGAUGAUGAGCUUUUGAUGGGUGGAAAUAUCAAACAAGUCAAACAACAAUUAACAAACUUGGAAGCAAAACUUGACGCUACAAUUAAAAAGAUGCAAGAUGAUUUGAAAGAUCUAGAAAAAUCAAGAACAUCUAUCUCACCAAGCAAGCCAAGAAUUACUCUUAAUCAAAUCAUUCAAAACUCUGUUAAUGAAUUAGGAGCAGUGAUGAAACAAAAUAAUAUUAACUUUGACAAGUUUGUAAAAUCAUGGAAUCAAUUAAAAUCGAACCAACAUGAAUUGCAUCAAAGUAUGAACAAGGAUAUGAAGGAAAUGAAGGAAAGAGCUAGAAAGUUUGAUGAACAUGGAGCUAAACUUAUUACCAUUGCCAAAAAGAGUAACAUUUACUCGAAGAAUUAUUCUAAUCUCAUUAGAUAUCAAUUUGAAAAUAGUAUUGCCAGUUUGGGAAUUUCUAUUGCUGAGGCUUGUGUGAAUGUUGCUCAAAAUGUUACAAAGGAUGUUCUUGAAGGGUUAAGAAUGAUAAUUACUACAUUGUUAAAGUCAUUCGGAAUUACAUAUAUGGAAGCUAGGGCAAUUAUUAAAUGCAAAGAAAAAGAUUUCAGAUUCCGUCUCAAGAUGAGAGGUUAUAUUAAUUACAAUAAUAACAAAACGGAUUGGGGUUUCGAAUUUGAUUUGGAUUUCAGAAAGUGGAAUGAAAUGAUUGUAGCAUUCUUCAAAUACUUGUUAAAUGAAUUCUGUAAACUCACUGGAUUUAAGAACCCUUUUAAUUAA